AUGAAGGGUAAAUUUUUACCCUUCUCCUUUUCGAUGCCAACUCGUUUCCAUAAGAGCAGAAAACUUCGUGGCCAAGUUUCUAUGGGUUUCGGCCGUGUAGGUAAGCACCGUGUUUCACCAGGUGGCCAUGGUCGUGCUGGUGGUCAGCACCAUCAGAGAACCUGGUUCGAUCGCUUCCACCCAGGCUACUUCGGCAAGGUUGGCAUGCGCCAUCUUCACCUCAUGAAGAACCGCGCUGAUGAAUAUGAGCCAACAAUCAAUGUUGACAAGCUUUGGACACUUGUUCCAGAAGAAGUUCGCGUCAAGGCUGCUGCUGCCAAGAAGGGCGAUGCUGUCCCAGUUAUUGAUUGCGUUAAGAACGGAUUCUUCAAGGUUCUUGCUCGUGGUGAGCUUCCAAAGAUCCCAUUUGUCGUCCGCGCUAAGGACUUCUCAGAGGAAGCCGAAAAGAAGAUCAAGGCUGCUGGUGGCGUUUGCGAGAAGGUCCAGUAA